AAUAAAGGUAUGUUUUAUAAACUGCAUAAAGUAUUAGUAUGCUGCAAUAUAUGAUAAAUUUUUUUCACAUAAUUUACUUCAUUAGAGCAAUAUUUUCGAGCAAAAAAUGUUUCUCUUCGAAUCUCGUCAACAAUCCAUCACCAAAUCUACAAUAAAGUACCUUUCCCACCUUAUUUACCUUGUCGUAAUAAACCACAGUCUCCUUUCUUAUUUUCAUCUACCAAUUUUACCCGAUCAAUAUCGUCUUUUCCUCCCUCAAGAAUGCAUUCACCACCUCAGAGAACAUUAAAACAACUUGUAGCAUUUGGUGGAGCGACGUUAACAUUUUUCAUUAUCAAGCCAACACUUUUUUAUAUAAUAAAUGGAGCAAUUGCCUUUGGUGCUUAUAAAUUUUUAAAAAGAUUAUUGGACUACUUAUUUCCGGCUAUUGACAUUAAUAGGAAACAAUUUUAUAAUUUCAACCCAACAACAAAAUUAACAAAGAUUCAAAGUAAAUUAUAUACUAAAUCUAUUGAACAAAUUAAAAAGGUAAAUUUAAAUUAUAAUAUAAUUGGAUUUACUGGUCCACAUACAAUUUCCACCGAAUCUGUCGAAUUUAAUUCAACAGAUUCUCAACAAAAGUAUACCUUAAUUAAUAUUGAAUAUUGGGCAAUUGAUGAAUUGAAUAAUAAGAAAGCUAUCGUCAAAGUUGAAGGAAUGUUACAUAAUCAUGAUGAUUUUGAGAUAAAAAAUAUUGAAAUGUAUUGGCCAAAUACUGGACAAGUUAUUAAUGUUCCUACGGAUUUGAAACAAGAUAGUCAGGGUUAUCGGAAACCUCCAAUUAUUGAAGCAGAAUUUCGGGAUAUUGAUUAAUUUUUAAUAAUAAUAAAUUGGUAGCAAAUUGGUAGUGACACCACCACGUGUUUUAUACUGAAUUAGAUCAAACCCGAAAACAUAAUAUGCCAUUUAAAAUUCGUUGACUUUUUUUGGUUAAAAUAAAUUUAUAUUUCCUCCCAA